CCGCAAGAGAUAAAUCUCAUCGCCGGAAUUCCUAUUGUUUCCUCCGGCAACUGAAUAACAAUCCGAUUAGCAGCCAUGACUGAGUACUGGGUUAGCCAGGGCAACAAGUGGUGUGAUUUCUGCAAAAUCUUCCUCUCCAACAAUCCUUCCAGCGUCAGAAAUCAUGAGCUCGGCCAACGCCAUAAGGAUAACGUUGCACAGAGGCUUAAUUCGCUGAGACAGGAGAAAACUGCGAAAGAGAAAGAACAGAAGGAGGCUGCUCGAGCUCUCGAACAAAUCGAAGCUUCAAUGUUUGGAUUGUUGUGCUUGCAUAGCAAGAAAAGUUGCAUCCUUGUGAAAAGAAAGCCCAACGAAGUUAUCAGAAGGAUAUCACUCAAGCCCAAGCAGGUGGUAAAGAUCCUUCUGUUUCUCAAGAUUGGGGGCAGUAUGACAGCACAUCAGGCUACUAUUACAAUGGGAACGACGGUUGUUACUAUGAUCCAAAAUCUGGAUUCUACUACAGUGAUGCUUUAGGUCGGUGGGGGACACGGGAAGAGGCAAUAGCAGCAACUCAAGUCACUACUACACAGCCUGUCCCAAAGAAGCCUAUUUUGAAGAACAACCUUGUAGUCUCAGAAACAACAAAGCCUGAGUCCUCAUCAGGGGACAAAACCACUCUUCAAAGUGGGCCUCCACCGGGGCGUGUUGUUUCAACUCCGCUGAAUCCUACCAGAUCCAUGAAAGGCGCUGCUCCUUCUUCCGUAACGGUGGACAACAAAAGGAAAAGGGAAUCAGCUCAAAAGAAGCCAUCAAAAGCUAUGUCAGAGGCAGAAUCAGCCGCUCUAAAAGCAAGGGAAGCUGCAAGGAAGCGCGUUGAAGAAAGAGAGAAGUCUUUGCUUGGCCUUUAUAA